AUGACUGUCUCAAUGGAUGAGAACUCGAAAAUUCAGAUGUUAUCCGCAGCGAGUAAGGACAAGAAAGCGGCGACGGAUAGGAGUUUAAUCGAGAAAUAUCACCUUGGUCCUCUCGCUCUUCACACCGGUCUUGUCCUCAGUUGUGUCACCUAUGCAGUGGGCGGAGCCUAUUUAUUUCUAGCCAUCGAACGACCAGAAGAGAUGAAAAGAAGAGAAAGAGCUAUUCUGGAAUUUCAAGAUUUGAAAGAUCAAUUCGUUGGGAAUAUCUCUUUUCGAUUAGAUCCAGAGAGAAAUUUGGAAAUCUAUACAAAGAAAUUAAUGUAUUUUCUGGAAGAUGCACAUAAUGCACACACUUUUGAGCACUUUAUAGUACAAGCCGGAAUUCCAAAGGACAUGUGGACAUUCUCGUCUGCAUUGGUCUUCACUACGACUACAGUAAUCCCAGUUGGUUACGGGUACAUCUUCCCUGUUUCUGCAUAUGGUAGGAUAUGUCUAGUUGCUUAUGCUCUGUUAGGAAUCCCGUUGACUUUGGUAACAAUGGCAGAUACUGGAAAGUUUGCGGCUCAACUGGUAACAAGGUGGUUUGGUGAGAACAUGGCGAUUCCUGCUGCUAUAUUCGUGUGCCUUCUAUUUGCAUAUCCACUGGUUGUCGGCUAUAUUUUGUGCUCAACUUCAAAUAUAACUUUUUUGGAUUCUGUGUAUUUCUCAUUGACUUCUAUUUUUACGAUAGGAUUCGGAGACUUGACGCCAGAUAUGAACGUGAUCCAUAUGGUUGUCUUCCUGGCUGUCGGUGUGAUUCUCGUCACAAUUACUCUCGAUAUAGUGGCGGCUGAAAUGAUUGACAGAGUACAUUACAUGGGAAGACACGUUGGAAAAGCAAAGCAGUUAGCCGGGAAAAUGUUCCAACUGGCACAAUCCCUGAAUAUGAAACAGGGAUUGGUGUCAGGUGUUGGACAGUUACAUGCGUUGGCGAGGUUCGGAAUGUUGGUGGGGAAAGAUGACGUCGAGAAGGAGGUGACAGAAGACGGUGUCAUAGCCUUCUCUCCUGACGUCAUGGACGGUUUGGACUUCGUUGACACUCUCUCGAUCUACAGUCGUCGGAGUAGACAUUCAGCUGGGAAUUCCGCAAGAAAUCUGUUUCUUUCUUGA